AUGUUCGGACCUUUCGCAAACCCCGACGCGCUCGCGACGUUUGAGAUGACAGGGGAAGAAAUAUUCCCUCGGCUCGAAAGCCUCUCACUUAAUGGCUAUUUUAUUCGUCCAAAUGAAUGGCCUCACUGGCGCGACCGGUUCCCUUGGACCUCGCUCUCUUCUCUCGAGGUCGGCCCACAACCAGAACUCACGGACAGAUUGUUGCAGAAGCUCAAGGGGCACACUGCCUCUUUAAAAAGGUUCAAGAUAACUGUAUGGACUGGAGAGGAUGAAGCUGCUGCACAGGAACAUCUUGAGGGGUUUCUCUAUGCAUUUGAUAGCCUCGAUACGCUUGAAAUAACAAAUUUCGUUUGUCCUGUCGAAGCAAUGGCUAACCACAGAAACCUCGUCCGCCUCGCCGUUCAUCUUGGAGAAGAAUGGGACUCCGAAGAAGUUAUCCCCUCGUGGAACGCUUCGGAUAUCGACUACUUGGAUGACAACUGCCCAAAUCUUGAGGUGCUUGAGAUUGAUUUUGAACGCCAGUCUGGCGCAUGGGUGUGUUUCACCAUCUCGGCUGUUCGAAAUGAAGAACUAACGGCCAUAAUAGGAUGA